UCUUAACUGAGCCCCGUCAACACCUCAUCACUUUGUAAGCACUGACCAUGAACGUCAUACUAUAAGCCUUUGGCGCUCAGUAAAUAUCCUGGUUUAACAUUUCGGAACCAGGUGAAUUGAGACUAUUAUUAGUAUUAUCGCGCUUAGCUCACAAUGUAUUAAAGUCAGAAUGGGGAUCAUUUUCAAGGACAAUGAAGCGAUGGCAACAGAAAAAGAAAAGGAAUACUUGCCGCAAAUCAAAGAUUCAUUCGAAUGUACUGUUGAGAUAAGGAAAGACAAUUCUGGUCUGGGAUUACAGAUUGUCGGUGGCUCUGAUACAUACCUGACAGGAAUAGUCAUCAAGAACAUUGAUCCUAAUGGUGCAGUAGCAAAAGACAAGCGGCUCAAAGUGGGCGACCAAAUUCUCGAAGUGAAUGAUGUUAGCUUGCGCGAAAUCCCUCACCAGAAAGCUGUGUCUACAUUAAGAGUGGCAGCAUCUCCAGUACGCCUCGUUAUUUUACGAGAAGAUCCGGAACAAAUUUUCACUACCAAAGAGACUCCAAAGUCUUUAAUCAAAGUACGUCUGCACAAAUCCAUCAGUGAAAAUCURGGACUCAGUAUUCUUGCUCGGAAGGAUGGCAAUGGCGUGUUUGUCACAUACGUGACGGAAGGAAGUGUGACUGACCUCGAAGGAACAAUYCAACAGGGAGACCGAAUCAUGGAAGUCAAUAAACAAGAUUUGCGCAACGCGACGCAAGAACAUGCUGCUCAAGUUCUAAAGCGUUGUUAUGGUAAUAUUAAACUUACGAUAGGCAGAGUUCCGUCCGUUAUAGCAACGAUUAAGGACAGCGCAAAUAAAAGGCAACAAUUUGGAUAUGUAAACCACGGGCUCAAUUCCGAUGAUAAAGACAGUCCGCGUCGACAUCGUUCAAGUAGUUAUGGCUCACACAUUGACUUUUCUAAGAGAAUAACUUCUACUCCAAAAGAUGAUAACCACAAUGAACACGUCAAGUCAAAACAACGAAGAAGAAGCGCAACCAUGUUGGACCAGCCAGAAAACGAUGACCUACGAGUUGGCCCCCAUCUUGAAAACAAACAAACCGUUGAACCGGAGACUCUUCAACUCACAAUAGAAGAAACCACGAUGCGUCAACAAAUGCUUGAAAGUUAUGGGAGGGAGGAUUACGUGUAACUUGGAUCAACUUCAACAUUUUCUAUUUGCAUUCAUGAAAUAAAUGUAUAUUUUUGGAAUUAAAAUGAGAUUAUGAACUGUU